AUGAAAGUGAAACAUCGCAAUAGUGGAUUUCUUGUUGAUCAAACUAAUGUCAUGACAAAACUUCAAGCUUUUAAGCUCCCGGUUUAUGUACAGAUUAUGAACAAUGAGUUUAUUUCACAACCAUGGGACUUCUUUUCGGAUCCAUAUGUUGAAAUAAACUCGUAUGUUGUGGGAGCUAAUGUUGAUGGUGUUAUUACGGAUUAUCUAGCUACUGCAGCCAAAUACAGAAUCAAUAGGUGUUUAGGACUACCACCAAAUCAGACCCCAACAUACAUGGCUCUUACUUCACUUGGACAACUCACGCCACUCAUGACACUAUAG